AUGAAAUUAUCAAAUAUUUUAUUGGUAAUAUUUUUACUAUCAAUAAAUAUAAUUAAGGGAUCGACCACAGAAUUAAAUUCAAAUAAUUUAAAUAUAGAUGAUAUUGAACAUGAUCAAGAUGGUGAUUUUGGAAUUGAUUUACCUUUAACAAUUGAAUCAAGAUAUAGUGUUGAAUUUGAUAGAAAUAUUGAAAAUGGUAUGAUGACAUUAAAACCAACUCAACCAUCAAAUUAUAAAAGAAAUCCAUUAUCAAAGAAUAUUGAUAUUGAUAUGCAAGGUAAUUUCUAUCAAAUUAAUGUAAAUGUUUUAAUUGGUCAACAAAAAUUCAUUUUACAAGUUGAUACUGGUUCAACUUUAACUGCAAUUCCAUUAAAAGGUUGUAAUAGUUGUAAAGAUAAUAGACCAGUUUAUGAUCCAGCUUUAUCAUCAUCCUCACAAUUAAUUCCAUGUUCAUCUGAUAAAUGUUUAGGAUCAGGAUCAGCAUCACCAUCAUGUAAAUUACAUCAAAAUGCUAAAUCAACUUGUGAUUUUAUUAUUUUAUAUGGUGAUGGAUCAAAGAUAAAAGGUAAAGUUUUUAGUGAUGAAAUUACAGUUAGUGGAGUUAGUAGUACAAUUUAUUUUGGAGCAAAUGUUGAAGAGGUUGGAGCAUUCGAAUAUCCAAGAGCUGAUGGUAUUAUGGGUUUAGGUAGAACAAGUAAUAAUAAGAAUUUAGUUCCAACCAUUUUCGAUUCAAUGGUUAGAUCAAAUUCAUCGAUAAAGAAUAUAUUUGGUAUUUAUUUAGAUUAUCAUGGUCAAGGUUAUUUAUCAUUGGGUAAAAUCAAUCAUCAUUAUUAUAUCGGUUCAAUUCAAUAUACGCCAAUUCAACCAGCUGGUCCAUUCUAUGCAAUUAAACCAACAUCAUUCCGUGUUGACAAUACCUCUUUCCCAGCAAAUUCAAUGGGUCAAGUAAUUGUUGAUAGUGGUACAAGUGACUUAAUUUUAACCUCAAGAGUAUACGACCACCUAAUCCAAUACUUUAGAAAACACUAUUGUCACAUCGAUAUGGUUUGUAGUUAUCCAUCAAUUUUCUCAAGUAGAGUCUGUUUUGAAAAAGAAGAAGAUUUCGCAACCUUCCCAUGGUUACAUUUCGGCUUCGAAGGUGGCGUCAGAAUCGCCAUUCCACCAAAGAAUUAUAUGAUCAAAACCGAAUCUAAUCAACAAGGUGUCUAUGGCUAUUGUUGGGGUAUUGAUCGUGGUGAUGAUAUGACCAUAUUGGGUGACGUUUUCAUGCGUGGUUAUUAUACAAUUUUUGAUAACAUUGAAAAUAGAGUUGGCUUUGCCAUUGGCAAAAACUCAAAAAAUUCAAAUGUAGGUGAUAUUACUGAUAUUAAUCAAUUCGACUCAACUUAUUAUAGAAAUGAUGGAAACAAAAACAAUUUCAAUUAUUUAUCAUUUUCCUUCAUUUCAAUUAUUUUAAUAAUUAAUUUAAUUUUAUUAUAA